AUGUUCGCACCCCUCUACGCCAUCCUCACCCUCGCUCUCACCGCCUCCGUCCCUACUGUAGCCACUCCCAUCGUCUCUCCCGAUUGGCGCCGAGCAGGUGCACCCGAGAACGACCACUCCCUCAAAGUCAAUCCGAGCUCUUUCUGUAAAGGCCAAGUGGUCAACGUGUCCUGGGUUGAUACGGAUGUCGAUGCUGCGCCUUUCACAGUACAGAUCGGUGUAGGAGGGUAUUACAGCGGUGUGGUUUGGAGGGAGAGGUACGAAAACCUCACCGAUCAAAACAUGUUGUGGACUGUAAAUGGAGAUGCUGGUGAUUCCCUCAUCUUCCAAAUCAUCGACUCACUUCGCACCUCUGCGUACCUCCAGAACUUUAUCGUUCGCCCCGAAGAUUACUGCACCAACGCCACGAAGAUGGCCUUGUCCAACAACACCUCCACCGAGAUGAAGAGCGACUCGUCCAACUCUACCUCCUCCGAGCUGCCGUCCGACGAUGACGAUGAUUCAGACUCGCCUGCUUUGUCGCCCAAUGCCACAUCCGAUGACCCGGCAGCCGAGUCUGACACUAGGCGCAACUCGUCCUCUCAUCCGCUCAACCAGGCACCCAGCGGCUGGUCCGCUUCUCUCAAGGCGUCUGGUACUGGUUCCGCGAGCUCUUCUCCUCUCCCCGUCGGCACUCCCACAGCCGCUGUAUCACAGACAGAGAGCAGAUCUUCCAAGCCAGACGGUGCUUGA